CCUCAUUCACUUCAUUAUAAAUGAACAUGUUGUCGUCCUGCUCCACUUUAUAAGUUGCAUGGUACGCGUAAUACUUAUAUAAGUCAAGCUACAUUAGGUAACCAUACGUCCAGAUUUAUUGCGUCGAUUCAUAAGUAGCUAAAGUUUGCAGGGGCUUCGGACUUUUAGAUCACUCCUAAAACCCCGGCUAGAAAAGUGGUCAUUCAUCGUACGGUCAAGUUCCAGCCCACCUGCAAAAAUGGCCUGUUAACUGAAAUGCAUAACGAAAGCAGCACCUCUUCGGUUGGAUUGUAUUGAGAGAGGAAUAAUCGGAAUUGAUGUUUGUUUUGUGUUUGGUUAAAGACAACAAUAUGCGGUGGACUUGUUUUUCUAAAUGCCUUCCUUCCAAACCUUCCCGAUUAUCGGCCUACUUCAAGAAAUUUGUUCUUUAAUACUACACGGUCGUAGCUUCCCCUCAAAUUCAUUUAGGCACUCGGUUCGACCACGACUGACUCGCUUGUGGACAACAAUUGAUUGAUCCAGUUCCAUUUUCCUUCGUCACUAUGAAGUACCAAAACUCUGCAACCAGUGAAAAUGCCACCACUCCCACGACGACCACGGCCCCAUCCGUCAUAGCACUUGCUCCAUCACCCACGACACCGACAACCUCUCGACCUUCACCACCUCCACCUAAUUAUGACGCCACUGUGUUCAAAGUGCCCACCAAACGUCCCCCAAAACGGCGCAUGGCAAUCGACACGGAGUACGACGGUCGAACGGGGGCCAGUCGUUGGGAGAGCGUGCUUGGAUUACCCAUUAGAAAUCUUCUACGACGACAUCCAAUUUUGGCGCAAGUGUCGAGCGGGACUUCGAGGAACACUUGGGGCUUCGCGUCCUCUUCCACGAAGAAAAACGAUGCUGGCAGUCAUCUCGAACUGAUUUUGGGAAUGAGGAAGAAAGUCUUCCCACCUUCGGUUAAAUUCGUUCCGGUUUUGCGCACCGUGAAAGAAAUCGAAGUCAUUGACUUGGAGUCCACCAAUGAAAAUGAGAAGACCACCCCAAAUUCAGCGCCGGGUGGCGACGGCAAGAAAACUAAGGGAGGAAAGAAGAACGCCGUCAUGAAACCGGAAGCCACCACUUCAACCACGACUGCAGAUGGCAUUGCAACUACUUCCGUCUAAAAGUGAACCUUUUGUGGACUGCUUCUUCUCUCAUUAAUUAAUUCAUGUUACCAUAUUUAGUGUAAAAUUUAUUCAAAAAUUAUUAUACUAAAAAUGUAGGUGCAGUUAUUUUGCAUGACCAGUAGCAAGUAUGUAUAAUAAUAAGUAAAUAUGUACUUAGUAUCGUGUACGUUCUUUCACACAACUUGUCUCUCUGUAUCGUACACUCAUUUAUUAUUCACAAUUGUCCUGUCAGUCACAAUUAGUUUGAAUUAAUCUAACUUGUCCAUACCAGUUCUUACGACUUGUCCAACCAAACUGCUAUCGUAGCACUUUAAUACUUUAAUAUCUGUAGCUGCUUUGUUCUUUGUAUCAUUUUCCAAUCUAUUUCGCCCUUGUUCUAUUAAUCAAUCAUACAUAUUCAAAAAUACCAGCGUGUCAUCAUCGCACCUGUUGAUUUAACUAUACACACAUGUAAAAGGGGUGUAUGUAAAGUCUACCUAUGUGAAAUCUUGUAUCAGUGUACACAGAGGAAAAAAACAUUGGUGAAUUAAAAAUUAACGAUAUUUUUUUGCUUCUAAGCAAUCAGUGUACAGGGUGAGAGCACGUGAUAACUGUUAGAAAAUAGUUUUGAGCGUCGUCUCUAUUUCGCAUUUUACUUUGUUUUAACAACUACUUGUUCCUGUGUCUUCGUCUCAACGUCGUCGUUUUUAAUUGCUCUUCGACAUAAAAAUCUCAUCUUUUAUGAUCUCACUAUUCCGCACCCUCCCUCAAAGUUAACAAUUCUGGUGUAAAAGUCUUAUUGGUCCUAAAGAAGGUUGUUUGAGGAGUGGAAGUAACAAGUGUACAAAAAUUAGUGGGGAAUUUUACACAAUUUGCGUGCAAUUUGUUUGUCACGAUUCGCACGUUAUGUUUCAACAGCAGGACUACAAUAAAAUACCACAUGCACAUAUAAAUAUAUGUCUGUGGACAUGAUAGUGAUUUGCGUGGGUAUGCACAUGUACACUAAAGAGUGGAAAAGGAGAUAAUAAUUGGUAUUUAGUCGUCAUUAUUACUUUUUACUUGUUUUUGCUAAUUGGAUGGAGGACAUUUCUGCGAAUUUGUAGGAAUUUGUAUUCAUGUAAAUCAAUCGAUCCGUGUUGGAAUUUGCACUCAAGUAAAUUUAUAUUUAUAGGAAAAACUCAAUUGCUUCAAGUGACACAAUUUUUUGAAGUGUGAUGAUACCAGGGGCUCUACAUAUACAUUCAGACAUGCAGUGCAAACUUAUCCCAUAAUAUUAUGUAGUACUGAUUACAUUGCAUUACACAAAGAAUUCACUGUAUGUACAUACGUAGAGCGGAUGAUAAGUCACUUUCGAUCACUGCUUAAUUACACAUACAUAGAAAUAUUAUCUGCACGCAUGCAACUAUGUACAACUUUCAUUGUUAUACAGAGAGCAGAUGAGAGAUUUGACGACUAAAGGUCCAUACAUGUGCAUAUUUAUGUUUGGAUGAUUCAGAAAAGUGGUCAGUGGUGUUUGGUGGCUUAUUGACUCGUGGUCGCAGAAAAAGUGUCUCGUUUCUCAUUCCUUUCCAGGAAUGAAUGAGUGCGAAGUAGUGAAUAAAUAACAAUAAUGUGGUUGCAGACGCAAAUAUAUAACAUCAUAAAAACAUGAAAACUUGGUGAACGAAAGCGAGUCAAGGUAUUCUGCUGACUCUCCUCCAGAAAUAAGUACAAUUUUGUAGUUUUAUAAAAUGAGUGAAGGUGAAACGAACCCCGGGUUUGUGCCCGAUCUUAGCAUCGGGAUUGUGGAAGUGAAAGACAUUAAUGGUGAUCUCACGAUUAAUAAAAAGGAGGAUAACAUCAUCGGAAAUGGGACAAAGAUAACUGGCGAAGAAAAACCUGCAGCAGAAGAUGCCGUCCAAAAAUGGAAUUUUAACCGAAGACAGUGGACAUUUAUUCUUAUUUUUGGGGUGACCAAUAUUUUCAGAGCUGUCUCGAUUUUGAUAACCGGACCAUUUUAUCCACCAGAGGCAAAAGAUCGAGGUAUUUCCGAUACAAAGAUCGGAUUUGUCAUGGGAUCCUACGACUUUGCGACAUUUGCUGUUGUUCUCCUUUUUGGAAAGUUGAUUAUUCCCAAGUUUGGGCCAAGGGUCGUAUUAAAAUUGAGUAUUCUUAACCUUGCUGUGUGCAUGGUGCUGUUUGGAUGUUUAGACCUCACCGAAAAUGCCACCGUUUUUCUCACCUUUUCCUUCCUGAUUCGGAUUCUUGCGGGCGCAGGUGACGCUGGCUUUUAUCCGUCUGCAUUUACCAUAUUUGCCCAAGAAUUCGAAGGCAAUGUGUCCACCGCGAUUGGACUAUUUGAGUUCUUAUUCGGACUGGGGGCAAUUCUUGGUCCAAUCAUUUUCGGAUCUUUUAUCGAUUUCACUGGAUUCCUCUCUGUAUACGCAAUCGUGGGGUUUCUCCUCUUUUUCUGCGUUGGUUUAAACCACUUUUGUGUUCCGGGACCAGUGGUUCCGUACGGUGGUAAGAAUGCCAGCAGUGUCGUCGAAGCUCCGGAGGAGGCUGUGCCCACUCCAGAAAUUGACGUCGUGUCCAAGCCCAUUAAGUCGAAAAAGUGGUUCGAACUCUUCUUCAUUCCUUCCAUCCUCGUCGUCAUCAUUAACCUUUUCACCACCGCGGUGAGCAUCGGCUUUUUUACGGCGACUUUGGAGACGCAUCUGGAGCAGUUUAACUUAACCACUUUCGAAACAAGUGUCGUAUUCAUCGUAUCCAACAUGAUUUACAUGUUGACCACACCAGUCUGGGGGAAGAUGGGGGACAUGUUGAAGGGCCAGUGGAGAUAUUUAAUCAUCUUCAUUGGAGCGGGGCUUAUCUUGGUGGGAUUUUGCGUACUGGGGCCACUCCCGUUUUUGCAUGAUAGAUCAACUCUGUGGACCACUUUGAUUGGGUUGACCUUGCAUGGAAUGGGGAUUGGGGGCGCGGUCAUGUCCGCCUUUCCUCACGCAACUGAUUCCGCUAUAGCGUCCGGAUUCUCUGAGACUGAGAAGACCUUCAGCUUAAUAGGUUCCGUGUAUAUUAUGACAUUCACGCUGGGAAAUGCGGUUGGACCUUCGCUGUCAGGUCUGCUCGUGGACCAAGUACAAUUUCAGAAUGCGACACUGCUCGUCGUAGGCCUGUCUACUUUAGUGUUAAUCUCGACCUUCGUUUUGGUCCUGUUUCAACGAGGAAGGAAGAAGCAAAGAUGACGGCAUAUGCUAAUUGUUUAUUGAAUAAAUAAAUCGAAAUAAUACUUAA